AUGAUAGUUGAAAGGUUCAAAUUGACUUGUGACAGACUUGUAUCGUACCAGCGGCUGGCUUGUAGUUGCGAUUACACUGGUAUCCCUCUGAAUAGCAAGGACAUUCUCAUUUACAGUAAUGUGGACGUGGAGCAAAAGGCCUUACUGCUCACUGGCCAUCAUGGUGAAAUCACCUCUAUGACUUUUGGGAAAAAGAACUCACCUGUCCUUUUCUGUUCUGCAUCUGCUGAUUAUAUAAUCGUCUGGAAUGUAGAAGUGUGCCAGAGAAGAGUGAGCCAAGGUCAAAUUGCAGCCGGGACAAUUAUUGGAAGCCUACCAGGUGAAGUGGUCCAUAUUUCCUUCUGUUCGUCUGAUGAAAGAGUGGCUGCAUGCUCUGGAGCCACUGCAUAUGUUUUCAGCUCACAGAAACAGGAAACAAUCUCAACGUUAACUGGCCAUUUGGGUCCUGUAACGUCAGCAGAGUUUUGCUCGUGGGAUGAAAACAUUCUUGUCACCACAUCAGAGGACCGAACAUUUAAGGUAUGGGAUCUACAAACCGAAUCAGUUUUCUACCAGUCUUUUGUACUGUCAGCUUCUCCUCUGCUCAGUGUGUUCUUCAUGAAGGAAAAUGGACACAUAAUCACCGGCUCCACAAAUGGACAGGUUUGGUGCUUUUCUCUCCAGGCUGACUUUUCUUGUCAGCUCGUGACCAAAAUAGACCUUCACAAAAAUGACCAACGACAUCAAGCAGGUGUUGGGGAAAAGUCAUCAGAAGUAGAAAUUUUAGUACCUGUCCUCAAAAUAGUUUCUUUUGGCUCAUGUAAUGGCAACACAGAUACAGAGAAAAGGGACGGGAGCUGGUUAUGUGUUGGAAGUACUGAUGGUCUGUAUGUAGUCAACCUGGCUACAUCAGAGCUAGUAACUGUUUUACAUUUCAGAGAUUACCCCAAUUUGAGCAUCUCGAUGGCUGGGUCUUGGGUCUUCUCUGACAAACAUAACAACUCUAUGCUGUUUUUAGUGAGCUCUUUGUUUACUCCAUGUGUGGCCCUGUUGGAGUUCUGUUUGGGUGACGUAAAAAGAAUCCAGGCGGGAAGUCAAGGCUUUUCAAUAUUUCCAAGUUCCCCCCCAUUGCUGGAGUCACCUCUCAAUGCUGAGUUGAAGAAGAAGGAGCCCAAUCAUUUGAAGAAAAAAGGUGGUUUAAAGGAACAGCCGCUUGUCUUUCACUCAAAGGUGAAAUCAUCUGGAUACACAAGCUCCCCAAGAAAGCUUCUUUAUUCACCCAAAACAACUGCUGCGAAAAGUAAGUCCUCAGUGAAGACUAAUAAAAACAAAGGUUCAUUCCUCAAGGAUUACCCAGAAGACACUGCCGCACCUACAGUUCUUCAUGUCAAUUUAAGUAUUUCAAGCAAGCCAGUGUAUUGCCUGCAGUACUCAGGCGAUGGAAAGCAAAUCCUGUGUGGCCUAGGUGACAACUCUGUGUUUAUGUACAAGUCUUCCCUUACUGGCAAUCCAGCUGUCUAUACAGGGCACGACAAGCCAGUGAGCAGUGUGAGCUGGAGCCUCAACAGGCAGUACUGGUUAAGUGCAUCACAUGACCAGACUCUGCGACUUUGGACUCAUGACAUCCUGGAGCCUGCUGUUAUCAUGAGUAAAAAUAUGUCCUCUAAACAUAUCAAAGCUGCCCAGUUUUAUUACCUGGACAAGUUUUUGCUACUUGCAUUGGGAGACUCACUACACCUGUAUUUGUAUCAUGUGGAUGUCACGCAUGAUGAUAUCAAAAGAUAUCAGCAGCGGAGUUUUGUCAAAUUGUCAAGCUGCUUUUCAACAUCCGCAGGUGCCGAUAUUACAGACUUGUCUGCUAUCAAUGAUUUCUUCGCAUACAUUGUUCUGGCAUGUACUUCCAAUCGUUCCAUUCAAGUGUUUGACAUGAACAAAGGGAUAGUCGCCGCAGAGGUGCCCGAUGCUCACAGCAGAGCCGUCCACUGUAUAACACAAAACAAGGGCUCAAUGUUCAGCACACAGGCACCAGAAUCGUAUAACCUCUUUGUCACGAGUGCAAUCACGGAUGGCUUGAAGAUGUGGGACCUUCGCACACUUAGGUGUGUACGCCGUUACGAUAAUCAUGUGAACCGCUGCCAUUCCUGCUCUUCCGCCAUUUCGCCGUGUGGUCGAUUCAUAGCGUGCGGCUCAGAGGACAAAUGUGCUUAUGUUUAUGACAUAAGAAGCAGCAGCUACCUUCACAAGCUUCAGAGACACUCUGAGACGGUGCUAAGUGUGACCUUCAACCCUGCUACUCCACAGGUAAGAGAUAAGGUGAUUUAG